AUGCGUCACAGGUCGGAUUGGAACCCCGGACCCCCAAACCUCUCAGUACACGUGCGCCCGAUCUACCGCUGGACCAACCCGGCCACGGCACCACAGCUGCAACGUGUUGAAGUGAAGAUGGGGGACGAAUGUGUCCACGUGAGCAGACUCCUCUCUGAAAUGAGCUCAGCGUCAGAUCUGGAGCCGCUGGCCGAGAUCGGUGAGUUCAAAGACAUUCGAGAGAAGAACAGGGAGGCGAUGAUCCCGCCGGUGAUCGCUCAGACGGUGAUUUUUCUCAAGGAGAAAGGCCUGACGACCGAGGGGAUCUUCAGACGUUCGGCUCGAGUCCAGCUCAUCAAGGACGUUCAGAAACUCUACAACCUGGGGAAACCGGUGAACUUUGAGGAGGUCGGAGACGUCCACGUUCCCGCUGUGAUCCUGAAGACGUUUCUCCGAGAGCUGCCUGAACCUCUGCUCACGUUCAGGGUCUACAACCAGGUCCAGGACUUCCUCAGUGUGGAGAGCAGCUUGAGGGUCUCCAGGUGUAGACAGGUGGUUGAAAGUCUUCCCGAACAUAACUUCAUCGUAGCGAAGUACCUGCUGGGUUUCCUCCACAUGGUAAGUCUGAUUUAUAUUAAUGAGUUCACAUUUCAUAAAUCAUGCUGCAGAGUGUAA